AACAGAGCGAGCCAGAACCCAGAAGAGAAAACCCGUUCCCCACCAUAAAACAGAGCGAGCCAGAAAAAAGCUAAAGCAGAAAUAAGAAGCACUUUUGGCAAAAGCACUUUGAACUCGCGUGAGUCACGAGAGUCCUAUCGGGGGGAAGAAGAAAAGCAGGCUCACAAGAAAGAGAGGAGAGGUGGGGAAAUCGAGAAGAAAAGUGGAAGUGGGAGUGGUGGUGGGCAGGUGGUGGACGGUUCAAAUAUAAUGAAGUUGGUUGGGAACGAGGAGGUGUUUAGUAACUUUGUGGAGCAUAAGUUUGAGGAGCUCGACAGGGACAGAGACGGCCACCUCUCUCUGAACGAGCUCCACCCUGCUGUCGCCAAUAUCGGCCUUGCUCUUGGCUUGCCGGCUCAGGGUUCGUCCCCCGACUCCGAUCACAUAUAUUCUGAGGUACUGAAUGAAUUCACUCAUGGGAAGCAACAAAAAGUGAGCAAGACUGAGUUCAAAGAGGUUCUUUCGGAUAUUCUGCUAGGCAUGGCUGCUGGGUUGAAGCGAGACCCUAUUGUAAUCCUCCGUAUUGAUGGCGAAGACCUCCUAGAAUUCAUCGAUGGGCCAACUUUUGAAUCAGAGAUGGUGGCUACUUAUUCUGAGAUAAAGUCAGCUGAUGGAACCCUCCGUGACUGUAUAAUCAAAGCUUUGGAAAAACUCACGGUUGAACAAGGGAUGCCCCCUUCAUCAGAUUCUUGGGUUGUGAGCAACAUUGUGGAACCUGCUCUGCAAUCAUGCACUGGCCAUGAUUUGGACAAGCCGGUCUCUCAAGAAACAUUCUUAACAGAAUUCAAGAAAGUAGCAGAGUCUGUGGCUCAUCGUCUUCAGGAGCAGCCUGUGAUUGUAGCUCACAGUGAAAAUGACUUUGAUGGAAGCGACAUCAAGAGACUGUUGUCCAACAAGUUUGAAUUAGACAAGACACUGAAUGCAGCUACUGAAACAAUUCCGAGAGACAGCAGUGGGAAAUUAUCGAAGGAAUAUUUGCGUGUGGCGCUGGAAGCAGUAGGUCCAACAGCUGGUCUGCCACCACUUGGUGCAGUUGAGCAGAUGGAUAAGGUUGUGCAGGAUGUGUUCAACAUGGUUAACGCAGAUGAUGGAAAGCUGCUUAAAGAAGACGAGUUUAAGAAGUUACUGACUGAAAUCCUGGGGAGUAUCAUGUUGCAAUUGGAGGGAAAUCUGAUUUCAGUUCACUCAAAUUCGGUUGUCCACGAGCCCCUCACCUCUUCUUCGACUCUACUGCAGCCAGCUCCCGAGUUAUAGAUCACAGCUCUCGUGGAUAUAUCAAGCGUAACAACGAUAAAAGCGGCUAUAAAAUUUUGAUUAAGAAAUGGUUACUACUACAAGAUCUGGGUUUCUUGGUUAUUGUAAUCACGUUAGUGAAAUGCUCUUAAUGUGCAUAUUUAGUUAAGAGACGGAGCCAACGUUUGUCAAUGUCCACUAUUAUAUAUGUUGCUACUGAUUUCUGAUGUUUGAAUACAUUUAAGGGUUUGAACUAAUCAGUGAAAUUGGUACCAAAGCAAA